AUGGCAUCCUUCCUCCUGCUGCCAUUCCUGCUCUUGGUGUUCGGCAUGUGCUACGAGCUAGUUGGCAUGUUCUUCGCGGCAAAUCCUGAGGAGUAUGAUAUCGUCCUGCGAUCAAAGUCGCACAUCCCCGACAUCACAUUCUCCGGGGUUGUCUCAGGCCACACGCUCGAAGACUGGAUGGAUGGCCUCUCCUCAGUGUCAUACGUCUCCCUGGUUGGCAGUGCAGCCACUGGCGCACUGAUGCUGCUGCUGAUUUGCGAGUCGAACUUCUUGAGGAACUUGCCGCCAUUCGACUUUCAGCAUGCCGUGCACCGCUUCAUCAACGCGAUCGGCAGCGUCAUUGUUACUUCUUAUGUAUGGGCCAUUCUGGCCUUCGUGAUCUCCAGUGUGCUGUGGUUCGCCAUGGUCGUGGUGAUCUACCCGGAGCAGAUGCUUACUGCGCUGGCCUGUGCUGGCGGUCUCGCGGCAGUUUUCGCCACCAUGAUUUCCGGCCUCAAGACGACGAAG